AAAAUUUCAAUGCAGAUACUCAAUCUAAAAGUUUCACCAUUGUUGAACUUGGUCGAUCCACAACAUUUCUUCGACGCCAAGAAAGAAGAGCGAAAAAGUCGCGGAAGAUUGGGUCGAGUCAGAAAAUGUUUCCAGUCUUCUCUCGGACUAGUAAAAGUCAAAGCCGUUGCCAAGAAGAUUCACAACAAUCAGUUUAUUCGGUUAUUUUGUGAAGUAUUGUAUUCUUGGUCUGAACACAAUCGACCAUUCCAGGUUAUUGAUAUGGAAUCCCUGCAGAAGGAAUUAGCCAAAAUCCAAGUCACGGCUCCAGAUAUCAAUUCUCUACCAAACAAAGGUGUUGACAAUACUUCUCUUCCUGAAUCCCACAAGUCAAAUACCCCAAAGGAAAAACUUGUGUUGUCAUUUUGUGAGAAUUUUAGACGGCAGUUUGUUCAUCUCUAUCGUGAUCGUAAACCCUUGUUUUUAAAUCCUCUUAAUGAGAGUGGAAUAGAGAAAUUUGUAUGCACAACAAUUCGCCCAACGCUUCUGCCAUACAAAGAGGUGUAUGAUUAUGAUGGCUGUGCACAGUUUGUCUCAGAUUAUCUGACAUUUGUUCCUUUGGAUCCACCAAUUGACUUGCCAAGUACCCUGGUAUCUCCUACCACUGUCCUGAGGAGCCAAAAGGGAAACUGUUUUGAUUUUAGUGUCCUGUUGAGUUCCUUACUGAUUGGAGCUGGUUAUGAUGCAUACUGUGUGUGUGGGUAUGCAACCAGAGAAACAACACUCAUGGAUGAAACAAGAGAAAUCUGUCCUCUCCUGAGAAAAAAAGAUGAGGUAACCAAGGAAGAGGUGAAAAAAGAAGUUAAAAAGUACACAGUGAAACCUCCUAAAGAUUUAAGAAGUAAGUUUGAAGCUAAAGUUGAGUCAAAGAAAAAAGCAGAAGAAGAGGAACAGGAAAGGAAACGGCGAGAAGAGGAAGGGGCAAGAAUUGCGGAAUUGGAAAAGCCUAAGCCUGACAAGCUGCAUGGAUUAAGGGUGCACUGUUGGGUUCUCGUCCUAUCAGGAAAGCGAGAGGUCCCUGAAAGUUUCUUUAUUGAGACUCUUACAGGAGCCUGUCACCCUCUCACACACAAUGCUUAUCUUGGAAUUGAAAGUGUGUGGAAUCACAAGAAUUAUUGGGUUAACAUGCAAGACUGUUCACAUGGUGUUCAGGACCUUGUGUAUGACCUGGGUGAUGCAUCCAAGUGGGAGUUCAUGUUUUCCACCACGGAUAAACCCUUGCUGAUGAUCCCAUCUGUGGAUGAAACUGACCCUCUUGAUAUAGAUGAUGAAGAGAAUGAUGACGAGGGAUCUGAUUUUGACUUGCCUCCUUCCUGGGUUGCACCUAUUGAAAUUGCAUUAAAAGAAUUCCAAACUAGGUGUCCUUUUGGAAAGAAGACUAAGCUGUACAAGAAAGCCAAGAUAGAAAAGUUUGCAGAGUAUCUGCUAAAAGAUGGUCUUGUGUCCAGUUUGGCAAGUUACAAUGAUUAUGAGUUAAAAGAUCUUGUCGAGAAGAGAGAAGUGUACAAACACCGGAUUGACAAGCUAGAGACUAAAGUUCAUAACAUGACCACUGGACUUAUUACUGAAUUCUUUGCACCUGGCAGGCUGGACUGUCUUAAAGAACACACCUACAAAGCAAGUUCUCCGGGUCCAGAAUCCGAUAGAACUAUGUUAUUUUACUCCAGUGCUCGCAUUGACGGGCUUGUUAAGCGUGAAGAGUCGCCAGAGGAAAUGACCGAAAGUUAUGUGGAUAGAGACGAUUUCAUGUACUAUCGGCAGGUGACAUUUGGAAAGCGAGUGAAAAAGUUUGGGCCGCAGGAGGCCAACUCAAGACCUAUAGUGAAAAUAGUUGAGAGAUUUCACCGUAACAAGUCUAAAGAAGCAAACGAAGAUGUUGCGGAGAGAGUUUUCCUUGUCUCUGACGAGAGAAUAAACUUAACGUUUCAUUUGGAAGACAACAGAGUAACGGCUUCCACGAGGGAAUUUAUCCGACCUCCACACACCACAGAAAAAGGAGGCACUCUAACUAUGACGCCGGAUAUGACUACAACAUUUCAGGUGGACCCUCUCAUCAAACCACAUAAAAAUUUACAUGUUUAUGAGAUGUUGGUAGAACUGGUUGAUGCCGAGGAACAGAGCACAAACCAAAUAAGAGCAUCAGAAGAAGAGGUGAAGGAAAUCCUCCAACUUCGAAUCAAAGAAGAAGCGGCAUCACAACUGAGUGUUUCUGUGUACGAUACAGAGAGAAACGAGAAGGCCAAAUUACACCGCCAGGAACUGGAGCGCAAAGCAGCAGAGGAAGCAAUGAAGAAACAUGAAUUGGAGCUUGAUUACUUGGCGCCAUUCCUGGCUCAAAUUGGUGAUCCUCCUCACAUCAGUCGACAGGAAGCUUACAAACUGAAAGAAGAGUGUCUUCAAGAUCUUAAGCACCGUCUCAUUGACAAAGCAAACCUUAUUCAGGCUAGAUUUGAGAAGGAAACACAAGAAUUACAGCGCAAACAAAGUUGGUAUCAGCAGAAUCAAGUGUCCAUGACAAAAGAAGACGAAGAAGAAUACCUUAACUACUGUAGCGAAGCCAUGUUUAGAAUCCAUAUCCUUGAACAACGCCUUAACAGACACAAGGAGCUGGCACCGCAAAAGUACGUUCAACUGGAACAAAAACUCAGGACCGACCCAAGAUUGGCGGAGUAUUUCUGAUCUAAAUUCAACAUAUCAGCAUUUGUACUAGAUGUAUAUUUGGUUUGCACUGAAUAAAAUUAUCUCUAAAUAAAGCUUGUUUCAGUCCCAACUGUAA